UGAUGCCGAAUCAUCUAGAUCUAUCUCAAAAGGACCGGCUCCGCUUUUGCCGGUGCUUUUACCGAGUGGAGCUUUAUCAUGGCCUCUUGGGCAACAGCCCGUACACCAUAAGAAGGGAUGUCCAUGUGACUCAAGGAAAUCAGUCAUCAGAUGCAGCAAUCCGAGUUGAUGACAAGGGCCGAAUAUGUCAAAUGCGCCCUGAAGAGCGCCUUCUUGCUGAUCUUGCGCCUUGGGAGAUCGAGUAGCUAGGAGCAGCGACAAGGUAUCUGAGCAAUCGAUUCAUGGCAGCUGCUACAGGAUUGUUGGCCAACG